AUGAGCCAGUUGAAUGUGAGCCAGCAAGGACGGUCGGACUCCUAUAAGUACCUGUGCGGUCGGCACGACGAAGCAUUCCAAAUCAGCCAGGCCUCCUCGGAGCGUCAGAGCAUGAUGAUCCUCUCUACCGCCCUCCUCCUCGUCCUCUGCCAGCAUGCCUUCCUCGCACUCGCAGGACCGGCAGGAAAUGAAAAGGCACCAGAAUCGAGGGACAUUUACGACACGAUAGAGCAAGGCCUGGAGUUCAUCGGCGAGGGAAUCGGCGAGGGAAUCGUGGAUGGAGUCGGAGAGGCGAUCGGCCAGGCUCUACAAGGGAGGCGCACGCAGAACAAGAAGGAAUUGAAGGGCAACCAAGCUCUCGAGAUUGGGAGGCAUAUGGCGAGGCAGCACUGGAAGGACUCGCGGAAGGUGCUGUUGAAUGUGAGCCAGCAAGGACGGUCGGACUCCUGUAAGUACCUGUGCGGUCGGCACGACGAAGCAUUCCAAAUCAACCGAGCCUACUCGAAGCGUCAGAGCAUGAUGAUCCUCUCUACCGCCCUCCUCCUCGUCCUCUGCCAGCAUGCCUUCCUCGCACUCGCAGGACCGGCAGGAAACGAAGAGGCACCAGAAUCGAGGGACAUUUACGGCAAGAUAGAGCAGGGCCUGGAGUUCAUCGGCGAGGGAAUAGGCGUCGGAAUCGUGGAUGGAGGUGGCGAGGCGAUCGGCCAGGCUCUACAAGGGAGGUAG